UUUUUUUUUUCCUCGGAUCAGCCCAAAUUUUGUUAAAGGAUCUUUAUACUUAUUGCAAAUUUCGUUCCAACUUUAUUUUUGUUCUUAAAAGAAAAUAAAAGGAUUGAAUCAUCUCAAAUUAAAAUAUAAAGAUUAAAUUUAAAUUUUAACUAUAGUAGAAGGACCAAAACUAGAACUUGACCGAAUUUCUAAAUUCUAAAUUUUGCGACGUCAAUUUUAAGUUCUCGAUAAAUAAGGAACGAAUUCGAUUCUUCUCUUAGAAACAAGAAAACAGAAAUGGCGGCCAAUUUCUGGACUUCUUCUCACUUCGAGCAGCUUUUGGAUCCGGAAGAAGUGGAUGUGGUUCAUCAGCUAGAUAAAGAUAAAGGCUUAACUCUCGAAGAAUUUAAGCUCAUUAAGAUGCAUAUGACGAAUUGUAUAUUGAAACUGGCUCAGUCUGUUAAAGUGAGGCAAAGGGUUGUAGCAACUGCAGUUACGUAUAUGAGACGCGUCUAUACCAGAAAGAGCAUGAGUGAAUAUGAUCCACGUCUCAUUGCUCCUACUUGCUUAUAUUUAGCAUCCAAGGCGGAAGAAAGCACCGUGCAGGCUAGACUUCUUGUGUUUUACAUCAAAAAAUUAAAUUCUGAUGAAAAGUAUAGAUAUGAAAUCAAAGAAAUACUUGAAAUGGAAAUGAAGAUUUUAGAAGCACUUAACUAUUAUUUAGUUGUAUUUCAUCCUUAUCGCACGUUAGCUCAGUUGUUGCAGGAUGCUGGCAUAAAUGAUAUGAGUAUGACUCAAUUAUCUUGGGGACUCGUAAACGACACAUACAAGAUGGACCUUAUUCUUACACAUCCACCAUAUUUGAUUGCCUUAGCUUGCAUGUACAUUGCUAGUGUACACAGAGAGAAAGAUAUCACCACUUGGUUUGAAGAGCUUCGCGUCGAUAUGAAUGUGGUGAAGAACAUCUCCAUGGAGAUUUUAGAUUUCUACGAAAACUACAAAAUUUCUGAUGAACGAAUCAACGCUGCUUUCAGCAAACUCGAUUUUAAUCCUUAGAUGGUUGAAGACAAAUACCUAACACCAGUGUGAUGCAUGACUGUAUAUUAUCUAUUAUCGCCACGUUGGUUGACUAUAUUAAGAAAGAAGUGAAAGCAUGGAGAUGUCUGGUUUGAUUUAACCCAUACCUCUAUGAUAUUACAAUGGUACUAUUAAAAGCAUGUAGAAAGAUUAUUAGAGUGAAUGCCGAAGUAUUCAUUUGAGAUUUUCUUUUAGUAUAUAAUUCAAAUAUUUUAUCUAA